UGUGAAGAUGGCGGUAGAUGGCUGGCAAACUACGGAAUCGCACCCAUGUGGCCAUCUCGGUGCGCCAAUGUGGGUGCGGAUGCGGUUCGGUUGAGUCGGCUAAGAAGAGGAAGGCCCUUUUCCUGGUGUGGGUUUGGGGAAUUGUCAGCACCUGUAACCAGCCGGGAUGGGAACUUUCGGUAAAGAAUCCUACACGUACGCCCGUUCGCCUAAUAAUCACGUGCCGUGGAAGCUCAUUAAAUUCGAAGGUGAAAAGCAGUCUCGUCCUGUCUGUCGCCAAGUUAUUGCACACAUGGCCACAUAAAUAUAUCGCCAGGCAGAUAAUCAUGGCCAGCGGAUCCCGAGGAAGUGCAAAUGCAUUUAAUUUUAAUUUACUAUGCGAGACCUUUAACGAGAUUUGCCCCGACUUUCGAGGUGGCCCGGGAUCGGAUGAGAUGGAGAGCCUCGACUUUGCCAACCGGGUGUUAUUCGAGCUGGGUCCCAAGAUGCGGGAGCUGAAGCAGAGCGGCAGGGAUCAGAUGUGGCGUCUGGUCUUCAACGGCGGUGGAAGUGUCUAUAUCUAUACGUAUACUUUCCAAAAACCGAUCAGCGGACAGCCUCGACUUGGUGGGGGAAAGUUGUAUUUGACUCUGAAGCAGGCGGGUUUGCUGGCAGUGAGCAAGAUUUGUGCCCUGUUGCCAGUUUACCAUGAUCCGCGCCACAAGAUUCUGCUGACUCCGCUCGCCAGAGCCGUGUUCGAUGCUCCGAAUAUUCAGAAGAUUGCCUCUGCGCUGACUACUCUACGUCAGAGCAGAAUAGAUUGUUCCGAGGUGGUGCGGGCUGUGAUCAGUAGCUGCCAGAGCGAUGGCUUCCACUUGGAGCACAGCCAGAGCCACGUCGCCCUGGUGGCCGUGGGCGCCACUACCCGCGAGUUUGCCGAACGCAAAAAGCUACGAAGGAAGACCAUGAAGCAGUACAACAGCCAAGGCAAGAUCUUCGACUUCAAUCAAUACAAGAUUUACGCCAGGUUCUCAAAGAUGUCUGGUCAGAUCGCAGAGGAGCCACCACUUCCUGAUCCAGAUCCCCCAGCGGAUAAACCAUCCCCUCGUAUACGCAAUGUUAGUGGGGUACUGCGCUCCAUUGCCAAGGCCACCGAUGAUCCAUUAAGUGGCGAAACCAUCGAGAUGAAGUUCAAAGCUCCAUCGAAACCGGAAAAGAGAGCAGAGGUUGAGGAUAUGUCAAUCUCAAUGGAUGUCCGUUUGGAAGGCACUAGCAUGGAACGCAUGAGAUCUAAAUUACUGGCACCAGGUCAAUCAUCUGGUUGGUCGCCUGAUGUCUUGUAAAAUAACCAUAUAAACAUUAGGAACAAACUCGAAAAAAGACUUGCUCUUUAAAAAUUGGUAGUUUUUUAUAAUUAAUUGAAUAGUUAAGUCAUUACUACGAACUAUUUAAUAAAA